AUGUCUGAUAAAAACAAUGAAGAAGUUGCAGGAGCAGCAGAAUCCGGUAACGAUUCAACUAAAAGAAACAUUGAAGAAGUUAGCGAAGUUACCGAAACUUCUCAAGCGAAAAAGAUUAAGUUGGACGACAACCCAGCCGAAAAUGUCGACGUUGUAGCCCAAACUUUACUCGAAAUUGAUACUACUUAUUUACAUUUCACUGAUGCGGUGAAAGAUAUGAAGAAUAAGAGGGCGGAAUUCAAUAAGGAAUUCUUGAAGCUUAAGGAGAGGCUUGAAAAUGCAAACUGGUGUGUUGAAAGAAUACCCAAAACAACGUAA